AUGUCGAUUCUUUCGGCGAAUGGUCGCUUCUGUUUGGACACAUUUUCAACCGGAUUCAUCAACACCUUCUGGGCUCCCAGCGCUGUCACUAUCGCGUGGUUGAUGCAAUACGGAAUGAUCGAUGCCAUUUGCGUUGGUGCCAGUCGUAACUACUUCAAGUGGGGCUUCCCUAGAGGACCUGAGGACGCCCCAGACCCGCUACGUCGCGCGAUGAGAGUUCACGCGAAUCAAGUGGAGAACAGUAACCAUAUGCUCUUCAGCAUGUGGCUGUGUGCUCUUUGUGGACUUCCUGGGUUCGCUGCUGGCUGUGGUAUCGUGUGGGUUGCUCUGAGGAAUAUGUACGGAUUCACAUAUCGCAUGACGAAGGGAAGCUUGAAAGCGAUAUUGAAGUUCACUUUCCCCAGCUAUGCUCUCGUACAGGCGCUUUAUUUCAGAGUAACACAGAGAAUCCUGAGUGUCGCGUUCGAUAUCGAUGAGCUGAAGUCGUAUGUCAUAGCCGGGGCAGGACUUGCUGCUAUCAAUUUGUUUACGUUGGGUACGGCAAUGUGUCAGAGGAAGCACUGCGAAAUAUGGGAUAAGAAUCUCAAGCGAGAUUCGUAACACUCUAGAAUCGCUUGAGAAUGAUAAGAGUUUUUGCGAGGUGUCGGUCUGUGAUGUAAAGGGGAUUCUCAGACGUUUCCGUAAUCUUUUUUGAGCCGUUUUUCAAUCACUA